AUGUCUACAACAUUACUAGAUAAUUUGGCCACCGAGCUGACGAGCUUUUCAGAAGCAGGCGAAAAGUAUCUCAGCAAGAUCCUUGAUGAUACCCACUCGUUUGUUGGAGAGUUGAAGUCGAUGGAGCAAGACCUAGUCCAACAAUUAGAACAGGAACUGCAAGGGGCCCAUCCUGAUCCGGUUCUGUUGGAAUCCCUUAAAAAUUCUGAUUUAUGGUACAAGCAGUCUAUAGACUCAUUGAAAGGUUAUAAUGGACAGAUAAACAAAUUCACAAAGCAUAUACUUCAUAAUUCCAAGUACAACAUCAAUUUGGAUGGAGCCUAUACAUAUCCAUUAAAUCUCGAUAACAUCCCUGUGGAAUAUCUCAAGGGGCCCACUCCUGGUGCUAGUCAUGAUGAUUUAACACUCCGGGAUGUGAAAAUGGAGAAUCAAAAGGAAUUGAUGAAGGCCAUUGUAUUGCACCUACUUAAGAUUGGUCAGAGCGAUUUGAUUAAAGACAUGUUGAAUGACACCACCAAAGAUAUUAGAAUUGAUGAAGAUUUACUUGACAAAUUCCAAUUGUUGAAUCAAAUAGUCGAUGGCAUCGUUUUGAAUCACGAUCUAUCGAAAGCUUUACUGUGGUUCAAACAGAAGCACGAAUCUGCUGGGCCUCACUCCAACUUUCAGGAAAUCGAAUUCAAGUUUCAUAUACUUGAGUAUACUUUGCUUUUGAACAGAAAACCUAAUUCCAGUACUGAUGGGGGAUUGGAUUCGGCACUAGAGGCGUAUAUGUAUUCGAAACAGAAUUUCCCCAGGUUUUUUGAUGCCUAUUUACCGGAGAUCUCUCCAUUGAUGUCACUAUUGUUGUUUAAAGCUCAAGAUGAUGUUGACUCUAGUCAUCCAGAUGACUAUGCUAGAAAACACAUGAUGAGUUUGCUUUCUGAUUUCAUGAUUAAAAUGAAAAGCUCUUUUAACAAGGACUUAGAACAAAGACCAAGCAAAAGAAAUGAAUCAAGGUUUGUGGAAGAAAUAUUGAAACACUUUAGCAGUAUAGAACAAAACCAGAACUUGUUCCAAUCACUUUCAAACGAAUUUAUAUCCUAUUACUGUAAGGAUUUGAAUUUAUCAAACGAUUCUUCUUUAUUCCAAAGUGUAUUAUCUGGAUUUAUCAACUUGCCAAGCUUCUACAAAUAUAAUCAGAUUCAAAGACGAUUCAGUAAGGUCCGUUCUUCUUCGAUGAAAGAAGACUUUGAUAUUGACACUAUCAAUGCAAUAGGCACAUCCGAAGUUCUUGAUGAUCCCAAGGACAAGCCCCGUCCACCUUCCAUUCAGUCUAAGCAUUUCAAUAUCAUAUCUCCUUAUUCUUUUGAUAUGCCAUUUCAAUUGUCAGAUUCCAAUAGAUUUUUGUUCGAUUAUCAUCCUAUUUUUAUUUGUCCUGUUACAAAAGAACAAUUGAUUCCAUUAACAGUUGAUGAGGUCGAAAUUGAACUUGAAAAGAAAGCAAAGAGACCCAAACUUGAAGUCAGUAAGAAUGAUGAGCUUCUUAAAUCCAUGCAUAACCCAGUGGUGGUAUUGAAACAUUGUCAACAUGUUGCUUUGAAGGAAAGUAUCUGGCAAUUGUCAAAGAGAGGAUCUGAGAUAUUCCGAUGCCAUUAUUGCUACAAGAAACACCGGUUUAGUGAAGUUACCGAAGCUUAUUUCAUUGAUUUGUAA